UUUUUAUGUCGCAUAGUAAUGAUGUCACCGUUGCUUUAGAAACCAGAAGCGUCUUGAACACUGGGAUUAUGCAUUACUUUUCGAGAUUCUGAGGAUGGUUUUCGCGCUGAAUGCCCAACACUACGCUGUAUAAAAGCAACUAAAUAAAAUAUAAAUUACUGUAAACUGAAAUGAGUUGCAGUUAGUUAACGGUACAAAGGAAAUAAGAUGAAUCCCGACAUUCAGACGAUGGUUACAGCAACAAAAAGUAAACAAGAGGAUGGAUUAGAAGACGUUUUGAGGAAGUUAACGGAAUGUUUAGGAAAGAAAUCAUUGCAAGUUGAAGAGGAACUGGAGACUUUCAAGCAAGACCUGUUCAACCAUGGCAUACUGGAUUACUGUGCAACGGCUCUGAAGCUCAAUUUCAUCCAAAUAAACGGAGGCUAUAAAACUGCUGUACAGAUAGCAGAUAUUCUAAGUUCAUGCUGUGUCGGUAUCGGCAAUGUCAACAAUUGUGAAGUCUUCUACAACAAGUUUCUCCCAUUGGUGGCGAAUAAUCUCUUCUCACUCGCCGACUCACUUAUGAUGAAAGCUCUACGAGAUAAGAGUGAGGCCGAGAUGACUCGUCUCUUCAGGAAGGUCAUGGACUCCAUAAGCUGGCUCCUGAAGGCUCGUCAUCAUCUCAUUGCUUAUGUUCUUAGUUCCAAACAUUAUGAGAGCAUCCAGUUGUCUGAGGAUGAAGACGUGGCUGUGGUCUUGCUGUCUCUAUGGCUGGACCUGCUUGGUGUGAAAAGCUCCAAAGUUAUUGAGGAUAUUGGAGACAAGGCUUUGCAUGUCAUUAUGGAUGACACUGUAUACAAGAUGUCCAGCUUCCAGAAUCCAGUUAUCGGCCGCAGUGCAGUGAAGAUUCUGAUGUACAUCGUCAAUCAUGACAACGCAAUGAUCAAAGUGAUUGUCAAACGUUACCAAGGCCUGGCUGAACUGGCAGCGAAAGACUGGAGAGGCAAAGGUUUUGACCCAGUGCUGGAUCGACUCAUCGGCCUGUUGAAGUCACCGCCCCUCAGACACACAGACACUAAGGGUGCGUCAGCAGAGAGGGUGAAGGCUGCGUGUGUGAUCCAGGCUGCCUGGAGGGCCCACCAGACACGGAGGAGACUGAAGAAACUCCCACGAGCCGUCACCAGACUGCAAAGGAGCUUCAGGGAGAGGAAACGCAGGGAGGAAGAGCAGCUGGAGAGGAGGCGGGCGGAGGAGGGCCUGCGCAUACAGAUGCAGCUGCGCAGACAGAGAGCCAAUCGGCUGUUCCGUCAGAGGCAGCUGCAGCUCUUGGAGAUCCUACCUGCAGCCCAGGUGGAGCGCUACCUGGGGGAGGUGGAGCGUCAGGCGGCCCUGCUGAUCCAGCGCGUUUGGAGGGGCCACCGGGAGAGACGGGUCUUCCAGCAGCGCAAAUACCACCUCAAGCGCCACAAGGCCGCCUUGACCAUCCAGAGAGCUGUCCUGCGCUUCUUGAAGCGGCAGCGUGCCCAGAAGGCUCAUGCCACCCCCUGGACGGGUCUCAGAAAGCUGACGGAGGCCCAGAGGACCGAGCUGAAGAGAGAGGUGGACGAGUACCUCUCCCUCCACCCUUCUCGUAGGGUUUCAGCGGAGAGGUGUAGGGAGCUCCAUAACAGCACUCAGCAGACGCUGCGGCAGUGGCUGAGCACGGGGGAAGACGUGCAGAGAGAGGAGGAGCACACUCAGGCCCUACUGGCCCAGAUCAAUACAGACAUAGAGCUGCUAAUCAAUGCCCCUUCCGUGAAGGACUCCACACCCCAGGACUGUCAGCUCUUCCUGAGCCGGUCGGGGCCCGUUACCGUGCGUGCCAAGCAGUGCCACAGCGCCAUGGUGCAGUCUGCCACCCUGCCCUGGUGGAGGAGGCUCACCGAGGAGUCCACCCACGCCGACCUGUUCCGUAUCCAUGGUGACGACGAUGACUUUGGUGAGGUGGAUUGGGAGGUGGCGAGACUGUAUUUGGGUGGGGUACGUGACGACGCAGCAGCACCAGAGUGAUGGCGCACACAGCUGAUCUUACCUGGUGUUCUGGAGAGGACCCGGGAGACGUGAGGUUGAGCCACCGAAUCGAAAGCCGCCGAGGAAGAAGGACUGGAUGAUUCACAAGAUCAGAUGGUUGUACUCCUGGAGGGACAAUUCAUCGUACACUGCUAUGUGCGUGUGUGUGUGUGUGUGUGUGUGUGUGUGUGUGUGUGUGUGUCUGUCUGUGUGUGUGUCUGUGUGUGUGUGUGUGUGUGUGUGUGUGUAUGUGUGUGUGUCAGUGUGAGUUUCAGAGCGGUACACUGAAUACAUUCUUUCAGUCAUUGUAAUGCUGGAAGAGAGCACAGGAAUGCAAUAAACACUGAAAGAAUGAAUCAAA